AUGGCCCACGGCUAUCCCACUGCCCCACUCGGGAGCCCAGCUCUGGAGCUCCCCUCCUUCUGGGCCGCCCAGCCUCAGCCCCAGCACCCGACGUGGGGUUGGCCCGACGGCUCCUCCAGCAGCGCCUCGCCGGCCUCUUCUCCGGACUCCUACGGCUUCUCGCCCUGUCCCUGGAGUAGCGCGGGCCUCGGGGCCAGAAAAGGCGGCGGCAGCAGCAGCAGCAGCAGCAGCAGCAGCAGCAGCAGCGGCCGUCGGGCCCGGCUAGGCUUGGGGCAGCGCCAGAGCGCCAGCCAGCGCGAAAAGCACCGCAUGCGGCGCCUGGCCCAGGCCCUGCACACGCUGCGCCUGUACCUGCCGGCCUCGGUGGCGCCCGCCGGGCAGAGCCUGACCAAGAUCGAGACGCUCCGCCUGGCCAGCCGCUACAUCGCGCACCUCUCCGAGCAGCUGGGCCUCAGCGAGGAGGCGCUGGCCCGCGCUGCCCGACGCCCCCCGACGGCGCCCGAUCCCCUAGCUUGGUCUCCCGGCGGCCUCCAGCAGGACCCCCUUGACGCCUCCUGCUGCUGCCGUUCCCCUGCCUCGCCAUCGGCCCCCUGGCUGCUGGGGGCUCCGUCCUGCUCCGGAACCGGGGCCCCUGCCGAGUCCUCCUCCACUGACGGAAGCGGGCGAACAGAGCCGCCCUGGACUGCAGAGCUCGCGGAGCUGGGUCUUUCCUCGCAGAUUCUCCCAGAUGAGCUGGUAGCUUUCCUGGAGGGCUUCCUUCCGCCGGCAUCUCAAGGCUGA